GCCAAAGGGCAGCCCCAGGCGGAGGCGGCGGAGCGCAGACGGCUCAGGUGUCUCUGCGGGAGCCAGAGCGCUUUCUCCCACCGACGCCGCUGCCGCCGCCGCGCACCGAGCUCGAGCCAUGCUGCCCGCCGCCGUCCGCAGAUGGCUGCAUAGACCCAAGGUGAGGAGGGGGGCUCCGAGAAGGGGCUCUUCCCAGCCCGGGACGGGCUCCCCGACGGGCUCGCGCUCGGUUUCUUUCUCGCUGUCUCUGGGCUAGGCCCGGUGAGGGCUGCUUUUUCUCUUCUCGGCAUGUUUCGGGGGGGGGGGGCUUCUCGCGCCUCGUUCUUCGCUCCCCGCGUCCCGUCCGCGACCCACCUCGCUUUUCGCUCUAAGGCUCUGAAGGGAAUCCGGACUUGAAUUCGGACUUCUCGGGAGUUGCUUCUCUUUCGCGGCAGCGAUCCUGAUCACGCGGAGGCUGCCAAAUCAGGGUCGAGGAUUACAGCUGAGUUAGCCUCCAACUUCUUAAAACGCCCCUCUCCCAGCUGUCUUCACAAUCCGGGUGGUAAAAGAAUGAGCCGCCGCCCCCCCCUCCAAUGCCCGCUUGGGGGUGAAAGGAGAGUUUCAAUGCGUGGUAGUGAUUUGCUGAGUAUAGGAGCCUUUGAUGUUGUAGCUCUUCGGGAAUGACAUAAGUGUACACAGGUGUGUCUUUGUGUACGCCUUUGUAUUUGUUUCUUCAUUCGUCUACCGCCACUUUGUCCUCUCGCCUGCUGGUAAACCUGGAGCCUUAAGACCUUAGAGGUGUGGAGACCUUGCUCCCUUCAGUGGCUGUUGUCUCUGGCAGUCAAGAGCUCUGUGGUGCGGGGUGGCUUCUUUCUCAACUUUCCUAGAAUCCCAGUCUUGCAAGAGGGGAUCUCUGAUAUCUAGUCCAACCCCUUCCCAAGCAGGAAAUCCAGUUCAAUAGCACCCUUCAUUCAGCCUCUGCUUUAAACACCUCAUUAGGAAAGCCCACCACCUUUUAAAGCAGCCUGUUCUGCUAGAGUACUGCUCAUACCAUCAAGCACUUCUUCCUAAUGUUUAGUUGAGAAAUCCCCUUCCUUGUAACUUGAACCCAUUGCUUUGGGUCCUCCCCGAACCAAGCAACAAAUCAAAUUUGCUUCACCUGUGUGUCAGCUCUUCAAAUAAUUCACCUCCUUCUGUACAGUAGAUGGCAUGCUGUUUCUAAGCUCCAGGGUAAGCAUGUGGGUUUGUGAUGCUCUACUUUUUUCCUGUCUGUCACCUUCUGCCAGUAGUGGCACUAGAAGAUCCCCCACAGCAAAAAGCAUCUCUGUACUGGUUAGGUUUGCUCUAAGAAUUUCUUCUAGAGUUUUCACCCAGGUCCGUGACUACCAUAAUGGAGCCAUACAUUUCAUAUGGGUAAAGGAAAGGGUGUAUGUGACAUAUCAAGGUAUGUAUUGUUGAAAACACUCAUCUCCUGCCUUUCUAACACAUUAAAAAGCUGCUCAAAACAGCCAGGAACAGGAGAGAUUAAAGCCAAAACAGACCAAUAAGUGCAGUGAAAAACCAGCUGUGUGGUAACUGAUAGCAGGUUUUAGGAGUCAGCCAAACCCUAUGCUAAAAUGAAAGUAUUUUAGUCUCACUUUAUUUUAGUCCAUGGGGGAGGGGGCUUUUAGGCCAGACCUUGUGGCCAAAAACAGCUGCCCCAUACCACUUGUUUAGGAGAGGGAGAUCUGGGCCAGUUGUGGAUGGAACUGAAAGCCUGAAGUUUGUGUGUAAAUAGGUGUUGUGCCAUCACUUCUUUGCAAGGGUGAAACUGAAGUUUGUGGGUGGAUGCAACUGGCUCUACAGGGAUCGGUGUCAUCUAUUGGCUGGCAGGGGGUUGACUUCCUGCUGACUUGUUUAUGACUCAUAUUUCACUCAGCCAAGCAUAUACCAAGGUGUAAUUAGUAAACAGAACCGGGGUUGCUAGCUCUACUCUAGCGAAUAAACCUAGGUUUAUGUUGUGUGCUAGAUAGCUCAGCUGAAAUUGCUGGUUGACACUAAACUUACUGUUCUGGAUGAGCUUUAAUUUUCUAAAUCACCUUGUAUUCUAGGAAGGAAAAAGUCACUGUUUCUCCAUCAAGGUUUUAGGGGCAGAGCUAAAAAACCCACUUUAUGAUUGAGGGAGUUAUUAUUUUAUAUAAGCAAAACAAUAAUUGGCAAUAGGAGCAAAGGGGUACGGAUUACAACCUACAAUUUGCUGAUAAAAGUAAAAAUGUGUUGUGGAAUUCUCUGCCUCAGAACUUGUUUGAGGCCUAAAGCAGAGCAGCAUUCAAAUGGAUUUUGACAGUUAUGUGUGAGACUAGAUUACUUGGACCUGGAAUAAUAAAAUGCUAGCAGAUUUGGGGAAUAGGUGUGAAGGCUACUUUGGGAAUUAAUCCACCCUCUAAUGUGGGGGUCAAGUGACUGGCAUGUUUCAGGGAGAAAGGAAGAGACUAUUUUAUAUACUUCAUGGGUUUAUUUUUUUAAUUUUUUGACACUUAAAGUCAGAGAUUGCAUACUAAACUAGGUAGGUGAAAGGACUAUCUGAUCCAUUCGUCAUACUCUAUGAACAGUACAGUGUGUUGUAAAUCGCUUUGAGGUUUUAUUACAGUCAAGUGGGAUAUAAAUAUUGUGAAAUAAACAAAUGUUGCAACAAUGGUGACGUACAAAGAAUAUAGUGCAUAUGGGUUCAAAUCUAAGCAUUGAGAAGAGAAAACCUGUAGGUCUUGCUUUUAGUAGAAGGUGCUUAGUUUCCUCUUAUGCUACUACAGUGGUACCUCGGGUUACAUACGCUUCAGGUUACAGACUCAGCUAACCCAGAAAUAUUACCUUGGGUUAAUAACUUUGCUUCAGGAUGAGAACAGAAAUCGUCCUCCAGCGGCAUGGCAGCAGCAGGAGGCCCCAUUAGCUAAAGUGGUGCUUCAGGUUAAGAACAGUUUCAGGUUAAGAAUGGACCUCCAGAACGAAUUAAGUUCUUAACCCGAGAUACCAUUGUAAUAUGAAGCUGAUUUUAAGGCCAUGCUGUUCAAUUGCUGGGGCUGAGAUUGAAGGACAUAUUUAUUUUUAAAAAGCCAUUUUGCCCUUACUAUAUUCCUGUGUACACCCUUACCUGGGAGUAAGUCCCAUUGAAUUCAGUGAGACUUACACCUGAGUAGAUAUGCAUAGAAUUAUGCUGUGAAUGUUCCUCAACUUGGGGAAAAAACCACACACAUUUCACAUAGAAAACUAGCCAUCACACUGAAUUCUUAGUUUUCUAUAUGCAGGGAUUUUUAUUUUUGGUGAGGAACAUUCAGUCAUGAUGUGUUCCAGUCCAGAUGCAUGUUAACACAUUGGUAAGAACUAAGCCAUAGUUAAAACAAACAAACAAACAAACAAACAAACUUUUGUGAUCCAACUGCUCAUGUAUGAAAAAACUGAUUGUUUGGAAAAAAAUUUUGAAAGAGAACAUUCCUGUGGCUGGCAAGACUCAUACAUCCAGUAGCUAUGAACUCUUGAAAAUCCAGUUCUUGUUUUUUUAUUGUUGGUUGUUUAUCCAGAAGGAACCAAAAAUAGCAGUUAGCUGCUUACCAGUGACAAUAGUUGCUCAUGAAUCCUAUUAUUGCUUUUCUGUUCCUUUUCAGAUAUUUCAUAAUCACAUUAGGUAACUUUUUAUUAUUGGCCAACUUUUUUUUCCUAAACAGCAAUGAAUCACCCCCUCUUGCUUGCCCUUAUCCACAUUCUCAAGAGUGAAUGAAAAAUGUAUCAUAAAGAAUUGAUGAAAAGGCAAAUCGGUAUAAAGACUUUGUGUGUGUGGUCAUUUGUUGACUUCACUGUAGCAUUACAGAGAAGCUUCAGUUCACCUGCUUGUCAGCUGUGGGAGAGCCAAGAGAACUCUGAUUCUCUCGUGGUGGGGUCAUAUUUAUUUGUUCAACUCUGCGGACAGUGAAUGUGAAGGCCACAGGCCAGUUUAUUCAACAUCUGUUACGUACGUCUAUCCUUGACCAAUCUGUCUUAAUAGAAUUUAGGGAAUAGCGUAUUGCUGGCAUUUUGAAAAGGAGCGUGUUUCCUUGCAUUAAUUUGUCACAUUGCAAAACGGGGUGUGUGAGGGGGAAUAACAAGUGGGGAAUAAUUGUCACUUGUGAGUGACAGUUGAACUCCCCUGGUUCAAAAGAUAAAGCUUGCAUCUUGUUGAUCCUUGCGCAGCUCUGUAGUUCAGGGAUAGGCAACAUUUUUUGUCCUGAACAGCCACAUAGAGUUGCUGGGGGACGGGAGCUAUGGGCUACCUACCUACCUGUGCUUUAAGAGAGCAGUUCUAAUAGCCUACCUGGAUAUGCCAUGAUAGCUAGCCAAGUACACAACUGCAGAACUGUUGUUGAAAACUAACUCUGCGUUUAAGCAUCCCUGGAGAGAGAGCCCAGGUGGCUCACCAUGGCCCAUUGCGUGCUAAUGCAAAAUGUACUUUUAGUAUAGGAGCCCCAGAAGGAGCAGAUGACUCAAACAUGCUAUCAACAAUGUAAAUAAAUAUCACAACUUUAUUUUAGGGUGGCCUAAAAAGCAGCGUCUCCUUUUGUAGCCACUUGGAUUUGGUUGUUGAUAGCAGAUAGCUUAGUCCAUAGAACACGAAAUUCUUAAUCUUAGGGUCCCUUCCAACUCUACAAUUCUAUGUGUUGGAUUUCUUGCCCUUAUAUUGUAGAAGCCCAGUCAGUUACAUACUCAGAAUAUUCAUUAUUUGCUAAGGUUUCCUUGCAUUAACUUGCCACAUUGCUGCAAAUCUGUAACGCUAUACUCACUCACCUGGGAGCAAGUCCUGUUGAACAUAAUGAGACUUCUGAAUCUGCAUACAAUUAGUCUGUAAUUACUGUAUUUUUCGCUCCAUAACACGCACCUGACCAUAACACACACGUAGUUUUUAGAGGAGGAAAACAAGAAAAAAAAUAUUCUAAACGAAACAGUGGAUGUAUGAUUUUUGUGGUUGAUGCUGUGGCCACAGACAUGUGAUCUGACGGUGAGUUUGGGGUAGCCCAAUGCAAAAAUCCUGAGGAUCCAUGUGGAUCCGUGCUUUGUAACCAAGUUUUUGCGCCAUUGCGGCCCCAUGAAACAGUGUGUGUGUGUGGUUUUUUUGGUGCAGGCGUAGCCAUGGACAUGCUAUGUGAUCUGAUGGUGAAUUUGGGGUGACCCAGUGCAAAAAUCCUGAGGAUCCAUGUGGAUCCGUGCUUUCUAACCACAUUUUAAGUGGGGAGGGAAGGAAAAGCACUCGAGGGACAAGGAGCACGUGUGGGGGGUGUGGAGAAGGAUGCUGCUAAUAAUGCAGGAGAGGGGUUUAAGGGGAGAAGGAACACGGGGGUGUGGAGAAGGAUGCUGCUAAUAAUGCAGAAGAGGGGUUUAAGGGGAGAAGGAACACGCGUGGGGUGUGUGGAGAAGGAUGCUGCUAAUAAUACAGAAGAGGGGUAUAAGGGAAGAAGGCUCCUCUCCUCUCCCGCUUUGCUCCUUUAAAACAAGCAGGCUCUGCUUCUCUCCCUCCUCCCCAGCUGAAAAUGAAAAUGCUGAAAAGCUUUGCUGCUAUUUAGCGAGCUGAGUGGGGAGGAGAGAGGGACAAAGAGCACGGUUGAUUUAAAGCAGCCAACCAGACAGGAGCCGCUUACACCAGUGUAAGCGGCUCCUCUCCCACUUUGCUGUUUCAAAGCGAGCCACGGAGGAGGGAAGGAAGGGGAACCAUGGAUCCUCUGCUCACAACUGCAGCAGAUCCCCCCGCCAUCCGUAGGCAUUCACUCCAUAACACGCACAGACAUUUCCCCUUACUUUCUAGGACAAAAAAAGUGAGUGUUAUGGAGAGAAAAAUACGGUACUUUUAAAAAAUUAGGUUUUAUUAAAGCUUUUCUUGGGAAAAGUAUGGAAGGAAUUUAUUUGAAAAAAAUAGGACAGAAAAUCGCUGCAAAUACAACAGGAAAUGGGAUCGGAAGAUAUGGAGCUGGGUGUGAAUUAAUGAAUACAUAAUAAGUAAACAACUAUGGAAUAUUAUUUUAGCAUAUGAUCACAGCGGAGAGAAUCAGGCUGUAAUUAGUGUAGUCUGAAGACUUCCUCACUAAUGAUUUUUAUGCUGCAUUUGGUAUGUCUUUUAAAAUUAACAGGAAGCUGGACCCUGAACUGAUGAUUUUUCUAGGAACACUAUCUUUUGAUAGUGAUUUCCUCCUUAAAGCUGUCAGCCGCCUUUAUUGGUUAGCCACAAAUUCUUUCUUGCCCCACAUAACUCUUUGCUUCUCCUCGAUUUGCACACAGAAGGUCCCAGGUUCAAUCCCUGGUGUUUCCAUGUUGGGCUGGAAAUGCCUCCCGCCUGAAACCUUGGAGAACCACUGCCAAUCAGUGUAGACAACAUGGACAGAUGGUCUGGCUUAAUACAAGGCAACUUCCUAUGUACUUUUAAGUCAAAUGUCUUAAGCAUACAUCUCUCUCUCUCUCUCUCUCUCUCUUUUAAUAGUGGAUCAACACCACUUUCUGCUAUCCUGACUGCAUACUCUGGGUUGCACAGAUCUUGUGGAGCCGAUUGCCUGUCUGUUACUAGUCAGUAUGACGGUGCAUCACAAUGUCCUGUUUACAGGGUCCCACAAGUAUUUGCUUUGCGCAUUAGCCAGACGUUACUUGUGGUCACCGCAAGGCCUUCUCUAAAUCUUGUGCUCAUACAAAACACUUUAAGGAGAGGUAUAAGGGGGUGUUGUCUCAUAGCAAGUUGGUUUCCGGAGCAGGUUGAAGUAGUGUUACAAUUCAUGUGGCUUCUGCCUACUCCAAAGCUGAACAUGAAACAAGAGAACCACCUCCAGCCCUCUCAAGUUUUCUGCCCAUACCAGAGGACUUGAGGGCGGAGAGUAGAGAAAGGUUUUGUGUUGAAACCACCGACGAGUGUGUUGAUCUUGUGAUUGUGAUGAGCUGCAGCUAGACAGAUCAGUGGUCAGAGAAGGUUCUCUCUGUUCCAAAGCUCAGUGCAACAUAAGAGGUGGCGUCAGAGUCCAAUGCUAUUUACAGAGAACUUGGGGGAGGGAGUUUGGGUGUUGCGGAGCAUCAUUACCCAGAAGCUCGCAGCUUCACUUCUAGGUUGGAGCUAUAAGCCCAUUCCAAAGAGACAGCAUUUCAUUAGCUUGGGCUUCAGUAAAAACCUCGGGAGCCAAUAUCUUCCAAAUGUUCUAGCAAGGCCAUUUAACUUGGUAUCAUUUUACAAUUAAACCUGUAAUAUCAGCAAAAGGUUAAAAUAGGGUUUGUUUAACAAGAACCCUUUCCCUGCGAAACAUUGAUCUGAUCUUUUUGCUCUUUGAAAUCAUUUGGCUCCCUUGAUUGCUUUUUCAUUGGAUUGGCACUGGGCUAAAUAAUUACGUUAUAGUAAUCCUUGCCCUUUCUCUUGUCCUCUUCAAACAUUGGCACGAGUGUCUCUUGGCUUUUCUCCAGUAUUUCAAGAUUUGGUAAUAAUUAUCUGUAGGUGUUGUCCGAACAGACUACUUGGAUACAACUUAUUUUGAAUUAAACAAGCCUGUAUAUUUAUGUCUAGUACAAAUCCAUCAGGAAGAGAAAACAGGUUGUCAUUGUGAUGUUUGCAUGGAAGAAAGAUUACUCACAUAUUGCUACGCACGUCUGCCUUCACACUGGUUUUUAAGUCUUCCGCCAUGUCUUCCAGUAAUGUGCUUGGUGUUUGCAAACACAAUAUGGUCCAGUUGCUACUGUGGAAUAAACAUGUAAUUUAUAAUGCAAUCCUAACCAAGUCUAUUUAGAAGUGAGUCCUAUUGAAUUUGGGGUGUGUGUUGGAUUUUCACCCUAAUUACUCUGGUAAUGAAUUGCCCAUGGUACUGCUGUUAUCCAUAUGAGUCUUGCUGAUCUACAGGUAUGUAGGAACUGCUUUACGCUGUGACUCAGACCAUUGGUUCUCUAUUCAGCCGUGGUGUAGACAAUCCUGGGCCAAACUGUGGCCCUCCAGAUGUUGUUGGAUCUACUUGCCAUCAGCUCCAGCCAGCAUGACCAGUGGUUAGGGGUAAUAAGAGUUGUAGACCAACAACAUUGGGAGGGCCAUAGGAUUAGCCCCACCCUGCACAUGGCCUACGUACUGACUUCCCAAGGUUUUAAGCACAGGUCUUUCUCAACCCUGACUGGAGAUGCCAGAGAUUGGAAUCUGGGACUUUUUGUAUGCAGAGUAUGUGCUGUACCAUUGAGCCAUGUUGGCACAUAAUACAAUUUUCAGCAUUUUGCAUAUUACAUAAGGUUUGAUUCAUUAUCUCCUUCCCAUAGUUUUCCUUUGUUGUUGAACUCAAGUAAUCCUUGUUACUCGGAACCUGCUGAUCACGCAUUUGAAUUCUGUCUCUUGGUGGUUCAGUAUUGGAGGUGGCGAGAGAAAGAGAUUAUUAAUGCUGCUGGGUUUUCUCCAAGCUUUCAUAGCCAGGACAACCAACUUUCCUUGUGUCAUGCCCUCACCCAUUUCUGUGACUGGCACAGGAAGUAGGACGAUGUAUGAAGAAGAAGAGAUUCUGUGGGUGACUGGGAAGAGACUGUGUUGGCUAAAAUUGAUGGUCUGGUUGUACAGGUCACUGCAAGUCCAGUGCUUGGCGAAACAGACUAUGGGUGUGUCUGUCCUGCGGUUGAGAUGAGCUCCAACUAGAGGAAUUGGUGGUCAAAGAGAGAAGCAGAGCUGACCACCAGACAGUAGUAAUCUCUGGAGAAGUCCUAAACUGCUGCAUUAUUCUGUGACUUACAUUUUGAUGGUAAAAAGGCAGUGGAUUUGGAGUAAGUGUUGGUCAAUAGAGAUCCAGAAAGAUCAGGGGAGGGGAAGAAAUCCUCUUUAUUUGCCUUUCUUAUUUAUUUAUUUAUUUAUUUAUUUAUUUAUUUAUUUAUUCAUUCAUACACUUUAAAUAUGCUCUCCAACCUCCCACAGUUUCAUGGAGGAACUCACAGUAAAAGUAAUAGUUUUAAAAUACUAUGUUUAAAAUGAGCAAACAACAAAUAGUUAUUAAAUCAAGAUACAUCCAUAACUGAGCUGGGAAGAAACAGGCUAUUAAUACAAGGUCAUCUCUGCAUGCAUGUUCAUGUGGGAGCAAGCAGUCCUUGGAGAACACUGCUGUAUAGCAGGGGUGAGGAUUUGCUUUCAGCCUAGGGGCCACUUUACCUCCGGGGUGACUUCUGGCUGCAGUGAAUGAGGCCAAACCUGCAUGACAUUCCCCAUUCACAUGCACAAGGGCUCACCUCUCUCAGUAUGAAAACCCAGCAAGCUGUCAGCAGUAGGAUCCUGCAGCCAUGCCUCCUCUUCUCUACUCCUCAGCUGUUUUCCACAGACCAGAUCAGCAGCUGGGAGAGAGUUCACAAGGAGCAGAGGUUGAAACCUAGCACACGCAUCGCCCUCAGUCCCCCCUGUGCUGCUCAUCCAUGCAGCCAGAAGCAGCGGAGGCAGUGGGGAAAACAGGCCUAUAAGGAGCAAGGUCUCUUCCUGUCCUCCUGGUAUAGGUCACCCAUCAGGGUCACCAAAGCACUUUCCUUUCCAAAACCAGACUGGAAACCAAACAGUAAUUAAACUGGAAAACUGAGGUCAUCCAAGAGUGUUUGGGGUUGCAUAACAACCACCUACUUGUGUGUAUGUGACCAGCUUAAUCGUCAAGAGUUCAGAGAGACCUUUUCAGAAGCAACCGCCACCUCUCACAAAGAGGCACUUCCCCUGAACCCAGCCAGUCAGCCCACUCCUGCCUGAUGUAAUGAGGUAGAGGAGGGGCAAGAGUUGAACAAACGGCAGGUAGAACAAGUCCUGCGAAGCACCUGAAUUGACAGUGCUCUGAACAUAGUCAUGGGCCCUGUGGUCAACACAGCAUCUAAGUUGAUGCCGAUCAGAGGUAUUUUAAUAAUGCUUUGCAAACAUGUUUUUGCAGGCCUCCAGAGGUUUUCAACAUAUUCAUUGCUGGCCUGGCUGGAUGCCACACACCACCCAGAGAAGCUCUGCUGGGCAGUAUUGUGAAGGUGUCAUUCCUCUUGGGGCAUGGCAGCUGCUUCUGCCUUCCGUUGUUCCUCAACUGGAGGAUUUGGCCCAGAAAAUUAUUCCUUCCAAUGACAGAAACAGUGGUUUUUGGAGCUCAGUUUCUGAUCACCAAAACCUUGCAACUUUUGAGGAACUGAGGCACCAAGUGAGCUAAUGACAGGCCUAGCUAGGGUCUCAGGAAGAAAAAUCUGUGUAAGAAUCCUAAUGGGAGCCCAGUCAGGGCUGGUACAUGUCUCCCCCACCCGCUUCAGAACGUGCUGUUUCUUUGGUUCUUGGUGUAAACUGCUAUGCCUUAGCUGCUUCACCAGCAAAUUAUGGCUUGACUUGGGUGGAGGCAGCUGACGGUGUGAUUGGUGGAGGUACAGCAUAGCGAUGUUUGUGCUCCCGAGAUUAACGUCUUCUUUGUGAGAGCUUCCUGCCCUCCCAGCAUACCUGAGAGAGGUGUGUGUAUAUGACUUCAUGCCGCAAGGCUGUGCACAUCCUGAGAUGGCUGCAUGAUUUCAUCUUGUGUUAACUCUGCACAAAAGCGACUGCACAGAGUCAGCUGUUUGGGAGCGUUUCCACGUCACACCUGUUUAUGAGAAUCUCUGACCCAGCUUGAAAUUGGUUUCUUAUGGCCUUUCCCAUCUGGCCGUGCAGUAUUUGUUUGUGUCGAAUGCCAACCACCACCACCACCACAACAACAACAGAUUGGAGACAGAAAAGGAGAUUCGUGGUGAACAAGUCUGCUAGUAUACCUGUGUGGCAACCUCUGAAGGCCUUUCCAGAGAAAAAAGAACUUUUAAAAAAUUCAGUGGUUUUAAUGUUAUCUCUAGAACAGCCUUUCCCAACUAGAGUCCCUCCAAGAUGUUUGGGACGACAAUUCCUAUUAGCCCUAGCUGGGAUGGUGAAUGGUAAGGAAUGGUGGCCAUUCUGAAGGAUACCAUAAUGAGGAAUGCCUUCAUCCUUUGCCAGUUGUACAGCAUUGCACUGUGGGGCAGAAGAUAACCUUUCUGUGGUGGGUGUGCAACAUCUAGUGUUUCACUAUUGGUUUUGCACAGGAGGGUGGGGCUGGAGGAAAGUGGCAUACAACUUGCAAGAAAGUGUAAUUAAAACAAAAAAAAAAUCAGCAGGUGUGGGGAACCUAUCACCCUUCAGCUGUUGCUUAACUGCAACUCCCAUCAUCCCUGGCUAUCAUACUUGACAAGUCUGAUGGGAGCAACUUCUGGAGGUCCAAAGGUCUUCCCCACCCCCUGAUUUGCAGGAUUUUUAUACCACCCAUCAACGCUAAGUUCUCUUUGUGGUUUACAAUAUUCCAAACCCAUAAAAUAUAACAAUGUAAUAUGAACAUAAAAUCAGAAAUAGCAUCCAAAUAAAAGCAGCAACAAGGUCUAGAAAGUGCUCAACCAUGUUUUAAAAACUGAAAAGCCAGGGGGCGGGGGAAGGUCCUUACUUGGUGUUUAAAAGACCACAUGUUAGGCACUAGGCAAAAUUCUCUAGCUAAGGAGUUACUGCAGAAAAGGUUCUGUUGUUAAAUGCCACUGAACUGGCCUUGUUGUACUCUGAGGAUGUGAGCUUUAUUCUUUUAACCAUUGCUGGGCAAGACCCUCUCUCCAAGUGCCCAUAUAACUCUUUCAUGAGCAGAGGAGUUGGUUGGCUGGCCUGUUGGCUGUGAUUGCCUGGUUCUGGUGAUAUGCUUGCGCCAAGUGGGAAACAGCCUGUCUGCUAGAGAUUCUGACAGAUAAUCUACUCCUACAAUCCUUUGCCCCCCCCCCCCAUCCUAGCUUUUGCGUCCUGGCAUGCCUUUUGUUCCCACUGGGGGUGAAGAUCCUUACAGAGAACUCCGUCACUAGGUAAUCUGUGAGCCCAGCUCUGUAUAUGCAUAGGUGUGUGCUGCCUCAUUUACAGAGCGGAAAAUCUAACCACAGCGUCAUGCCAGUUUCUGACUGGCAAUAAAUGGUCUGCCCUUGGUAUUCUGUCUGCCCCUUGAUCAGUCUGAAGGCCUGAGCUGGGUUCAGUUCAUGAACUAGUUUCUGUACAUGCUUAAAGGGUGGCAGUUCCAGAGUAGCUGGUUUAGUCAAAAGCAGCCAAGUGGCAGUGCUGUGGCACUUCUCUAAAUCAGUGGUUCCCAAUUGAUAACCCAUAGAUCCCAGGAGGUCCGCACAACCCACCCAGGGGAUCCGUGACACCAUUCACAUAACAAAAACUACCAUAGAGAUAUCAACAUUUUCAAAAGUAGGGGGUUCACAGCUCGACUUUUGAAAAACAGGGGGUCUGCAGUACUUAGCUAAUUGGGAACCACUGCUCUAGAUGACUUACCUAUUUUUAUUUAUUUUUGUAUCAUAUUUAUAGGCCUGAGGAUCUCAAGACAGAAGUGCAUAAACUGAAAAUAAUCUUAGAACAGGCCAAUGUAUUUUCUAUAAGAAUAUAACAGCAGCAGCAAUAAGCAAUUUAUCCACCGUACCUCACCCUUCCCCGAAGGUUCAUUUGUGACAUGGACUUGCUCAGGCACAAGCCUCUGUCAUUAUAUGCCGGAAGUAGAUAGAGAGAGAUGCUUGCUCGUGACUUGAGGGGCUUUGGGAAACCUUUCCAAACUCUGUCAUUAUCCUGUUUGUCACAAAGGUGGAGAUCAUGAGCCUUUGAAUGUGACCCGUUAGUAAUCCUCCCACUCAGUGGAGCCAGGGGUGGACAGUUAGGACAGCCUGCACAGUGAUUCAGUCACAGAAGGAGGAUUUUUUAUUUCAGAAAAGGGCAACCAUAAUGAUUGGGGGGUGGAGCAACUCCUUAAGAGGAAAGGUUGCCACAUUUGGGUUAGAGAAAAGGUAAGAGAGAGAGAUAACAUAAUAAAAGCUUAUAAAUUUGCACAUGGGAAUAGCAGAGAACCUGCACAAGCGACGCUGACACAAAACCCCACAUAUAUUAAGUAAAAUAGAAACAUCGCCACCGACCCCACUCCCACUCAUCUCUCCCUGCCGCCACCUAUUUCCCCCUUUUCUUCCUAAUGUCUCAACAAAUGAAACUGAUCUGUAAAAAAUGUUACUUGGGGAAAAGAGAGAGAGAGAGAGACAUUGCACAUACUUUUGUAAACUAAGAAAAUCUUAAAUAAAAAUACAUUAAUAAAUUUUGCACAUGGCUUGGAGCUAGAACAGCAUAAAAGUACUUGUACAUACAAUGCAUAACUAAAAUGCAUUUACUCUGGCAGGAGGUGUUGAUGGCCACCAACUUGGAUGGCUUUAAAGGAAGAUUGGACAAAUUCAUGGAGGACAAGGCUGUUAAGGGCCAUUAGCCAUGAUGGCUAUACUCUGCCCCCCUAGUCAGAAUCAGCAAUGCUUCUGAAGACCAGUUGCUGGAAACUGCCGGAGGGAAGACUGCUCUUGUACUUGGAUCCUGAUUGCAUCUUUCCCACAGACAUCUGGCUGGCCAGUGUGGGAACAGGAUGCUGGACUAGAGGGGCCACUGGCUCACUGACUGGAUGAUCCAGCAGGCUCUUCUGAUGUUCUUAUGAGUUGAAAGGGAGCUUUGAAGUCAAGUAAUCCAGCCCCCUACUCAGUGUGGGGUGCUGCUGAAGCAUCCCUGUCCAGCCUCUGCUGAAAGGCCUUUAGCCAAAGUCUCCCUCUCCCUUUCUAAAUUGUCAAAAAGGGGGAGGCAAAUGCAGAGACACUUCUCUUUAGCACAAGUUGCUUGUCUGUAGCAGCUUCAAAGCAAUAGCUUGAGACUUCUGGCUUGGUCCCAAGGUUAAUUUACUCAAAUGUGCUGACUAGGCUGCAUUUGAGUGGGGAUAAUCUUGGGCAUGUUACUGUUGCCUUUGCCGGUUUCUGUUUGGCAGAGUAUGCAAUUGCAUGGCAUUGAUCUGAAGGACAGUCCUGCAAAUAAGUUUCCUGGACUUCAAUAAUUAGCCUACACAGAUUUCCACUCUGCCUAGCUUAGCCAUUCACAUGCCGUCUGAAAGAACAUAAGGGAUUGAGAAGCUUCAGCACCCCCUUUAGAAUCACAUUCAUCAGAAGAAGCCAAGAUGGGUGAUCCCAUUUAAAAUUUGUUUGGGUUUCUAAUACAGACAUCCCUUGUUUGUUCCAAGGUCAUCUGGUGCUUUCUUCACACUGAAAGAGGCACGUCUAUGCCAUGUUACUGUCAGAAUCCCAGGGCAUGCUUGAGAGGAGGAUACAGAGAGUCCCAUUUCAAAGGACCUUUGAAAUGCGACUCUCUGUAUGGACCAUGUUGUGGACCAUGUUGUGGACUUAGGGCUCAUCCACACUUACCACAUUUUUCCGUGUAUAACACGCCCCCGUGUAUAAGACGACCUCUAUUUUUUGGGACUCCAAAUUAAGGAAAUGGGGGGAGAUUGCCCAGAGUUGUUAAGCUUUUUGUUGGGGGGGGGGUUGUCUACAGUUGUUGGGCUUUUUUUGGUGGGAUUGCCGACAAUCACUCACCCGACUGACCGCCGCUCACAAUAUCCUGCUUGUGGCUGCCACCAAAUCGCUCGUCCCCCCUCUGCACUAUCUGUGUAUAAGACAACCCCCAAUUUUAAUCAUUUUUUAAUAAUAAAAUUCUUAUGCAUGGAAAACUAUAGUACCUUUUGCCCUGCUCUUUCCAGACACAGGUCCAUGUCUGAGCAUGGUGGUGGUGAUUGUUGCCCUAUAGCUUUCCCCACUCUUUAGUGCCCAAUCAGAACAACUGUCAGUUUGGGUUUUCUGCGGAUUGCCAUUUGCUCAAAUAUAGCUUUAAAGAGCAAGUUUCUGUAGAUAAAGAUCCAGAGGGGGUGGGGGGAAAGGGUGCUCAGAGUUUUAAAGUGUGGACCAUGCCUGGAAAGAGCAGAGGAAAGGUUAGUGUGGAUAAGUCCUAAGGCUGCAAUCCUAAUCAGGGAGUAAACCAUAUUGCAUUCAGCAGAACUUACGUAUGAAUAGACAAAGUUACAAUUGUGGGAACCCUGUGAACUCUCCUUGUUUUUUCUUGUCUUGCCCCCAGCCUCCCAUCUUUUAGAUACCAUUUUUCUCAUUUGUUAUUUGCCACAAUUAGGCUUAGAAUCCACCUGUCUGGAAUUGGCGUCUUAAACCUAGAGGGUCCUUCCUCUUUCAUAAGAUUUAUCAUUGUUCCCAAAAACAAAUAGCAUAGAAUAGGCCUGGGGUGCGUGCCUGAGCGCUUUGGUGAACUGGAAGGCCCUCUGUUUGUUUGUUUGUUUGUUUUAUUCUUGACCUAAAUCCUUGCAAUCUGGCUGGAUACAACAAUUCAAGUGCUGCCUUUUGUGCCCAAACUCUGCAAAAGAUGUUACUUAAUGGCGCAUGGUUGUAUGUAUGUAAUGACUGGGUGCAAAGUUGCUUCCCCCCCAGGUGCCUGAAAUGUGAUUCUGGUGGUGUCUAGGAACUUGAAAUAGAUGGCUUCACGUAACACAACAUAUAAUUAACUUAUGGAACAUGCUGCCACAAGGUGUGGUGAUGGCUGCAGGGUUAGAUGGCUUUAAAGCGGAUUAGGUAAAUGUGUGGAGGACGAGUUUAUAAAUGGGUGUUAACUACAACUGGUAAGUUAAACCAGAGGCAUUAUGCCUGGGCUUCUCAGAAGUGUCUGUUGAAAACUGGCAGGCUACUGGCAGGCCCAUCGCUCUUUUUAGUUCAUAUCUUUCCACUGAUCUAAAUCUUGUAGAGAAUAGGGACUUAAUCCUUACCAUGUCUUCUGCCAAUAGAUACUCAUCUUCAAAAUCUUUAUGUAUUUAUUCCCUUAGAGCUAUUCAAAGCAGUUUCUGAAAAGGGAUCAUAGGAAGUUGCAUCAAAGUCGAGGCCUAAUUUUCAUACACAGAAGAUGUAGUAGUAAACCUGUUUCUGGAGUGUACCAUUUCGGAAUGCAAGUAGCACCUCACAUGACUGAACGUCCCUCCAUUGCAAAAAUAAUCUUGCAUUUACUGUUUAUUUAAAACAUACAUCAGGGAAAAAGCUAGACUAAACCCUGAGUGGUUGUAGCAACCCAGUCAGAUGGUAGGGGUAUCAUCAUCAUCAUCAUCAUCAUCAUCAUCAACAUCAUCUAGUUUUCUGCACAGAGGAAACUCUUCCCCUCCCCUCGCAGUGAAGCACAUUCAGUCACGUAAUUUCCCCCACCUGCAGUCUGAAAUGGUAUCGUUCAGAAACCAGUUUACUGCCUCAACUUCUGUUCAUGAAUACUAGCAUUGCGUCAUAGGGAUGAGCUGUGAAUAAACCAUGCUUUCUUAUCUCUAUUCAGCGCUCCGAUCCGAGGUUACUGUCACAGUUUUUCUAUGCUGACGAGCGAGUUACCCAAGUGGUGACGGAGAUCAACUGUCUGGAUGUAGAGACAGAUCCUCAGCAAUACCUGGUUCUAUUAAAUCAGCUGCACCUUAGUCAGGUAAGGCAUUCUCUUUAAGGGCAUGAUGAUUAGACAUGAUGAUCAGAAGGGGAGGGAGGGUGGCACUUCAAAGCACAGUAUUGAUAGGUGGCAGUACCUGAGACACACACACACACACACACACUUUUCUAGUUGUUGGCUUGGGGAAACUCCAUGACCAAAAGCAACCUUGGCUGGGGGGGGGGACCCAACACACAACUCAAAAUAAGAGAUUUCCAAUGGGGAAGUGCGGCGAGGGAUUUUGCUUCCCCUUCCUACUCAUCAUCUCACUUAAGUGCAAAUAUACUCCAGGUAGACGGCAAGAGUCGCAUUGGUCUCAUUGCACCCUCCUUUGGAGAUUCUUUCCAAAGUACAUGGUCUACAGUCCCUGGCAGCUUCAGUGGAGCAGUGCGCGUGGCAUGCCUCUGACUGGCAAGGAUCAAGAUGGAGAUUAUACACAGCAAUCUUCCAGAGUGUAGUGCUCCCUCUGUGCUUGUGUGCAUUUGGGGUUGGCUAUUGUUGUUGUUUUUUAAAGGAAAAUGAUUUCCUCCUCCUAUUUUAAGAGUAAAUUUCCUGUGGCAGGAAAAGAAAUGUGGGACACUCUUGGAAUAUGGAGCAGCUGCAGUCUGAGGUCCCCCUCUCUCCAAAUUUUCACCUCUUCCGAUCAACACAGAAUAUAGAACAGUGUGUUUUCUCUUGCUUAAAUCCUCACGCUGAGUUCCAUUUCUGGCUGAGAUGUUUGGCAAUGGAAAUGCCAAAAUCUACCCUGGCCCAUCAGUACUUUUUCUGGUGUCUCCAGAAUGUCCUUGUGUUGAUGGUAACAACCACUCUACCCAUUCUCCUAGACCGAACUGCUGUCCAUCAUAGAGCGAAUUAUGGAUGAGUGUAUCCCCAAGGAGCGUCAUGGCCGUGACUAUGUCAUCAAAUUCCCCGAAGACCUCCUUGUGGACAAUCUCCGGAACCACAUGCUGUUUGCUGCUGAGGUGAGCCAUGCGGGAGGGAUUUCAUGCAAUCAUUGAGCUGUAGUUGGACGGGACCAUGGGGGGGCAUCUAGUCCAACCCUGUGCAAUGCAGGAAUCCAGCCCCUAGCCAUCCUUGGGUGGGGUCAAACCACCAAACUUCUGGUUAUCAGCCGUACCCACUGUCCCACCUGAUUUGGUGGACUAGAACAUUCAACCAAUCUUUGUAUGUUCUGUUCUUGAGCACAGCUCCUUGAGUACAGCACUUGGGAAUUUUGCUUGCUUCAUUGGGAUGUAAUGUGGUUCCAUUCCUGGAGUUAGGCUUUGGCAGUUGCUGGGGGGCUCAUCCCAGCCCUAAAAUAGCUUGUGUGAUAUGGUGGGAGAGGCAGUCAAAGGACAUGGAGUGUUCCUGAGCUGUCACUAUUCCUUCCAGUGUGGUAUAGUGGUUAAGAGUGGUAGACUCGUAAUCUGGUGAACCAGGUUCGCUUCCCCGCUCCUCCACCUGCAGCUGCUGGGUGACCUUGGGCUAGUCACACUUCUCUGAAGUCUCUCAGCCUCACUCACCUCACAGAGUGUUUAUUGUGGGGGAGGAAGGGAAAGGAGAAUGUUAGCCACUUUGAGACUCCUUUGGGUAGUGAUAAAGCAGGAUAUCAAAUCCAAAUUCAAACUCUUCUUCCCUCCAGUGUUUGAUGGCACGCACCUACAUUGAUGUGGACGAGGCAGAUGGGAUACGGCUGCGACCUCUGGCCAAGGAUCUGCUGUGCAGCUUGGAGUUGGUGCGGACGGUACUCCGGGAACAAAGCCUGAACCAACCUGGACCCUAUUCAGAGCCUAUCCGCAGGGCAUUGAUUCGUUUUGAUAUGCUCUUUGCUGAGUUUGAGCUGAGGUGGGUGCUGAGAAGACCUGCUUCUCAGAGGCAUCUGAUUGGCAGCUGUAUAACUAGAUGGGUCUCCAGGCUGAUCCAGGAGGGUUCUUACAUUCUGCCUAUUUAAUCAGAGAGCAUCAACUGACCGUUAUGGAAAUAUGCAUUCUUAAUUGUCUGCAUAAGCCUGGUGGAAUAAAAGAGUUUUCAGCAGGCAUUUAAAGGUUGAAACAGAAGGUGCUGGCAGAGCAUUCCACAGGACUAGGCAGAUUGCACUAAAGUCUCUCUUUUGUGUCGAUGUCAAAUGUGUGUCACCAAUGUGGGGGAACAACCAGCAAUACUCCUGCAGGUGAUCUCAGUGAUCAAGUUGGGAUAUAAGGGUUUAGGUGGUCCCAAAUGUGCCCUGGACCUAAGUUGUUUGGGGCUUUGUGAGUUAUCACAAGGACCUUAAGCUUGUUUCAGUAGUAGAUGGGCAGCCAUUGCAGAUAUUUCAACAAUGGUGUUCAUGUUAUGUGUACAUUAUUUCACUUUAAGGAAUCGGGCAUGUCCAUAGGCUGACCUUUUUUAGGCAAUGCAGUGGAUUAAGCUAAGGAGCAGAAAGUGGUUCAUUGUGGGCAGAAGAGGAGGAAACGUCUAACAGCUACUUUUUAAAUAUGAAAAUGAAAAGAUGCUAAAAAGCAACCUGGCCAGAACCAAUAAAAGUAGUGACUGGGCAGCAAGGGGAAUCUCUGGAAAGGACCACUGCUGCCUUCUGAAAUUUAUGCUGCCAAAGUGUGAGUUGCAAAGGGAGACCAGAAAAGUAGGGCUAUGUCUUGGGCUUGCAUGCAAGGUAGGUGCUGAGAGUGGUGGCUAAGCUGGGUUUCAAAGCUUGUUUCUCUUUUCCAGUUACGUGUCAUCUUUAGUCUCGGUGAAGUCGCCCGAAGAAAUCUAUAGGCAGCAGGAGAUUGUUGUGCUCUUCUGUGAAACUGUGGCUAGGUGAGGAUUUUGCGCUCUGUGGCUUGGAAAGAUCCUUGGGCAAGCACUAUCUACCUCUCCAAUAGAAUGAACAUUCAUCUUAUUUUAUUGUUUUUAUUUUAUUUGUUUAGAUGUAUUUAUAAACUGCUUUAUGUUUUUUAUAUUUCUUGGAAGCAUACAACAUAAAAUACAAACAGUAUCAUUUUUAAAAAAUACAAUCAUUUUCCAGAACCAACAAAGCAGUAGAAUAAAAACAUGUUUUAAAAAAUCAAGAGAUUAAAGCAUAAUAAGCAGGGUCUUGUUUUAUGGAUCAGAGAAAACCUGGGCACAAAGAUGGGUCUCUACAAAACCUUAUGACGCAGACCAGCCAGUGCUCCUUUUUGAUGUGGGAAGCUUGGCUCAAGUGAGGUCUAGGAUAAUUAUCUACUUGGACUAGGGAUUUUGAUUUCUGCCCACGCCUUCCUUCCUCAUUUCCUGCCCCUUCUCUCCCUCACUCAUCUAGAGCUCUGAAACUUGGCUACUUGACUCAGGAGACGAUUGAUGGGUAUGAACCGCAGCUGAUGUUCACCAUUCCCCGCCUGGCCAUUAUCAGGUAUGUGGUUUUACCUGUCAUCUUUUGGUUGAGUAUAGAGCCCGGUAGCUCGAUAAACUCGAGACAUGUGGAAUGUUCAAUCUGGCAAUUAUAGCUGUCAAAGCUGGCAAGACAGGUGUGCAUUCUUAACAGAAGAAACUGGGGCAAGUAACAUUUGUCUAAAAGGAGGUCUCUCAUUUUACUUCCUUCAUGGUACAUAAAUCAGCUACACAUCUAUAAGUUCCUCAGCUCUUGCCAAUCUUCUGGGCAGCAGGAAGGUGUGCAAUGGCAUCUUGGCAGUCCAAACAUGUUCCUCUCCCCGUCUCUCAUGUGUGUCUGCAUGGUGGUGGGGAGGAUGUGACACACCACCAAAUGAGUCCCAGAGGCCCCCAAAAGUUGCCCACUGCUCAUGCAGUUGGGAAGAUUGCUUACUUGUGCUGUAUUUAAAACUUUCGGACUGUCCCCUCUUUCCAAAUGGCCAUCCUCCCUGCCUAUUCUCAGUGUGUGUGACUACUCGGUGUGGGAUGACUUUCCCAAAGCCAGCUGUUGCUCCUUUAGAUCCUGAUUGGGGCAGCUACUGCCUGAGGUACCAGCACACAGUUAUUUGCAAGUGGCCCUUUCCCACCAGCUUUUGCCUUGUCAAAUUCCACUCGUGGUGGUUCUUCAAAGUACGGCACUAUGUCCCCAUCUCAGCAGUAAGUGGCUGUGCUACUUUUGAGUUUCCCCUUCAACGUGGGUAACACACUGAAAGCUCCUUGGGAAACAUAGCUGCUAGUAGGAAUUUAGAGAGUGGUGGGCACAAAAUAUAGGCAGAGCAGUGGCAUCGGAGCUGAAUAAUGCACAUCUGCUAACUAACCGAAGAAGUAAUUUAAAGUUAGGGAAAUUUUGCUAUCUUGGAAAAGAAAUUAAAAGAGGAAACUUGGACAAGGUUUACUAUAGUGUCCCAGCUUUCAUUUUGAGAAUUCUCUGCCCAAACGAUAUGAUGAAAGAGCAAUUCCCACUAAUCUUUACCCAUUAUUAUUUUGAAAGUUCUCGCAUUUUGGGGGAAAAAACCCCACCUCCAAUAAUAAUUAAUGUAUUAGGAAAAACAUACAUAGCAGCAGUAGAUCAGGAAAUCCAAUCCUACCUGUGUGUUGUUUUAUUUCUUUGCCCCGUACACAGUGGUCUUCUGAUCUACCCAGAUGGACCCCUCAAUUUGGAGCGGAGGCCUGAGGAGAUAUCCAGAGUCUUUAGCCCCUUUUACGUCUUGCUUAGAAAAAUCAGGUGAGUGUCUAUAAAAGUAGCUUUUGCACAGGAACUCAGCUGGAACUUCACCAGGUUAAGAAGAGUCUGGGUCUUUGUGGAGGGGUUUGUGUUAAGAACCCAAGCUACGUGUUCAGGAAAAUCACCUGACUGCGGUGCUUUGGUGCAGUCACGGGAAGGGCUAAUAUAGCUCAUUUGAAAAAUGCAAUCCCUGCCACCCUGCAGUCUGAAGCUGCACAAUCCAAUAAGUAUUCUACCACAUAACUUUGCUGAUGUUUGAUCAACCCUCAGUUAAAUGGAAAUUAUUGCAUAAAUGUUAGUGGUGUCCUUCUCCUGCAAGCAGACAUGCAGUUAACAGAGGAUGAAGCAAGAUGUUCUGGAUACAUGAUCAGUUUGUGUGUGUGCUGGGGGAGAGAUACAGCAGCAGGUUGCCUCAUCAGGGGGUACAAAUUAUAUGCAUUUGCACAUGGUGUGUUGGGCAUGAGCUCCCUUUUGCGAGCUUGGUUUCCACAUUGCACUGAAGCCCUGCCAUAACGAGAGAUCUGACCUUCCUUCCAGGGUACUACGUGAGAGCUGGGUUAUCCAGUCUGUUCCUUUAGGGCAAUUUCAGUGUCUUGUUUUCCUAGAUGCCUCCUUUAUGAGCCUUCUCCCUUAUAGGGAUUUGCUGCGUGUGUUGUCCAAGGAAGAACUUUACAUGUUGGAGAAGCGUGUACUGAAUGAGAGCACUACAGAUUCACAGCCCUUCAAGGAUAUAGAUUCUCCUGACUUCCGAGGCGCUGCGACACCACGUGUCUCGGCUUUCCCAAGGUAUAACCAAGAACCACUUCUCUUCACCCACCCGCCCUCAGCCCAAAAUGUUGGAAUCUGAGAUUGUAUGCUGAUUUCAUUGGGCCCAUUGUCCGUGUGGAAAAGAUUAAUUGCUCUGUUCCGCUUUACUGCGCACCAGAUCAUGAUUGUGUACGACUACCCUGGAUCACAAUUUAGGUGUGGUGUGGGGAGACUGAUAUAAUGACAAUAAUAUUUUUGGAAAGAGGAGGGUUAAAGUGAUUGAGCUGAUUCCUAGAGAGAGAGACAUACCAUAGAGAAAAACACAAUCUAGGAAAUGGCUAGAGCAAUCCAAUCAGAAUAGCAGCGCAAUAGGCCAUCUAUACUAUACACCUGAGGAAAUUUUGUAGCUUUUCUGCCGAGUAAAAAUAAAGUUGGAUUUCUGGGGGGGGGCGGUGUUAAGUUCUGGGGAAAACAAAGCUAAACAGGGAAAGCAUAAGAAGGGUUUGUUUUGUUGACAGUGUCAUGUAGGUGCUCUGUAAAAGUGAGCAAACAAGGCAUGGCUCUUCCACAGUAAAUCCUUAAUGUGGAAGCCACUAAAAGUGUUAUCCAUGACAGCAUCAAGACCAUGGAAAAGGUUCAUCAGUACUUCUGCAGGAAUCAGGAGUGCUUGUAGCUUUUGAGCAGUGUGGACUACAUGAGAGGUAAAGGAGUAAUCGAAACUGAAGCUAGGUGGCAGUACAAUCGUACCUUGGUUCUCAAAUGCCUUGUGACUCGAUUGUUUUGGCUCCCGAAGGCUGCAAACCCAGAAGUAAGUGUUCCGGUUUGAGAACAUUUUUUGGAAGCCAAACAUCCGACACAGCUUCCGAUUGAGUGCAGGAAGCUCCUGCAGCCAAUCAGAAGCUGCGCCUUGGUUUUCAAAUGUUUUCAGAGAGAACCAAGGUAGUUGACAAACCCUGUCAGAGCACUACCUCUUUCAGCGUUUGAGGAGUCUGUGGCUUUUGUCUCUUGGAAAUGGAAAGAAGGGGUGCAUAAAUCUUAGCUGACCCAAAGCUCAUGUGGGAACAUUUACUGUAUAUAUUGCUUACCCUUUCCUUGGCAUUUGCUUGCCUGGCAUUCAUAUAUUUAUGGCAGAUGAUGCCUUUGGGUGGUUGUUGUUUUUUGAGGGGGGGAGAACUUUGAAAGAACAGGAGUGCGGAAGGUGAGAGAGUAACCCCUUAAUACCCAUUCUAAUGCUGCUUGUUCUCUCCUUAACAGGCAGCGUGGUCAGGGGUCUAGUAGCACCAAGGCAGGAGUGAACACACAAGCUCCGCAGACGGCUCGUUGGGCAGAACUGCGAGCCCGUUAUACCACUACAGAGGACAUGAUCCACACACUGUUUGUCUGCAUCUCUGGUGAGUACCCUGUUUUUGCUGGAUAAGGGAGGUCUUCAUCAUCCAAUAUCCCAUAAUGCAACUGGGGCAUUGGCUGGCAGGUGUAUGGUUGGCAGCAGAAGGGAAGUUUUUUAAAAAAAAUAAAAAUAAGCAGACGAGCCUCUGUAGAUUCCCUGAUUUGGACAAACUGGACAAGUGAACAGGUGUUCCUUAUGUUUGGAAUGUAUUCCUACCACUCCUGACCAUUCCUGCUGGUCAAGAUUUUGGAAAGGAACAGAUAUGUCCAAGUGGAAGGACAGCGUACCUGAUCAUACCUCCAAACAAGCUUCUUGUUGCCCUGUUGGGGAAGAGAUCCUGGCAGGAAGCAGUUGGUUUUCUAGAAUUAAAUAAGCUUUUAGGGGGAGCAGGGCUUGAGAUAAAAUUCCCCACCAAUACUGCUUAUGCUACAUGCAAAAGUCUCAGUAAAGCAUCCAUUCAAAAAUCCACAACUGACAAGAGACUGUUUGCUUUCCCUGCACAGCUUCUCUUCAACACUCCCCCUUUAACAUGCCCACAUUUCCUUGGAAGCCAACAGUGGAGGCUCAUACUUCCAUCUGUUCUGAACAGAGGAGAGGUGCAAAGAUCUUCUCUGCCCGAGCAGUAGCUAAUGUUAAGUGUCUUCCUCCUGUGACACUGAUAGGAUGGCUGAUGGAGGGGCUUGCCCACACCACUUUGAACUCCCGCCUCUCCUUAUCUUUUAGCAGUGACAGCUAUUUUGCGGUAUGCCCCUCUGCUCACAACAGCCAUUUUGUGACCGCUGCUCAUGGCAGAAUUCUCAAAAUUCCAAAUGUACUGCCUAGCACACAAAAGGUUGGCGACUCCUAAGCAUCACAGUGACUACAAGCUGUAAUAUCCCGAUCUGGAUAUGAUGGCAAGUUAGAACAAGUUGUUCCACAUGCCAUUAAAAUUAGCUCAGAAGAUGGCAGCUAUUGUCUUAUUACAUGAUUAGGGAAUAGCAUCCAUUUUAAUAAAAUAUAUAUUCAUUGGGGCAAAUACUUAAAUUUUGCAUGACUCAGCUGAAAGUGCUUCACACACAUUAGCUAAGAAGCCCAAGAACUUGCCUGUAAAGCAGGCAAGUAUUGCCCCCAUGUUGCCUAAGGAUUUUGAACUGUAAGUUUUGGUUCAGCUCAGAUACUGUAUGAACUCUCUUGCCUAGCCUUAAUCCUGAAGGUUUAGCACCUUAAUUGAGAAUUAGUCUCUUCAGCAGGAAAGAGUAGUGAAAAAAUAGUAUCCUGUUGGUUCAGAAUUGAGAUGGAAAGAAUUGCUUGGUUAGAAGCUGUUGACUACUGUUUCCCUCUAUGGAAGGACUUUUGUGUUAGUUGGCUAAAAUCUACAUGUUUAUCUCUUGCCCUUGUGUCAUUGUGCAAUGGAUAUUACUCAAAUUGCUGUGUUGUGUUUGGGUAGGAGUGGCAGACCAGCUCCAAACCAACUUUGCAAGUGAUCUGCGUGCCAUCCUGAAGACUGUAUUUAAAAUUGUGACAUCCCGGGCAGAGGAACAGGAGGUGACAGACACUGGCCGUGAGUGACACUCCUUGACUCGUGCAUGGUUUCAUAGCAUUUCCUUAGUGCUUGCAUUUGCAGAAGCUAGGUAUGGCAUGGACAUGUAAUGCUGCCCCACUAAAAGUGCUGGGCAGUCAUGUUAGUGACACAUACUGAGUCAUUUAUACUGUCAUGCAGCCUUCCCCAACCUAAGUUCUUCCAAAUUAGUAUGACUAAUGGUCACAGAUGGGAAUUGUAUUCCAAAACUUAUUGGACCAGCAGGCACCAGAUUGGGGCUGGCUGUUUGUAAUACUUAAAUCAAUCCUACUUAAAUUUCAAGGACUCUGGGCUGUUUCAUUGUUUUUAUUUAUCUCAACAUAUAUAUCUUAUCUCUGCUAAAAUCAGACUUGAUGUGGCUUACAAAAAAAAAUCACAGAAUUCACAAACAAAAUAAAAGCAAAAUAAUAACAGCAGCAAAAACUGCGUAGUGGAAACCAUAUCAGCAACCACAAAGAAAAAACUUCAUCAGAGGCCGCACUGGGGGGAAAGCCUACCAUAAGCAAUUUGUUGUUGUUUAGUCGUUUGUUGUUUAGUCGUUUAGUCGUUGUUUAGUAGUUAGUCCAACUCUUUGUGACCCCAUGGACCAGAGCACGGCAGGCACUCCUGUCUUCCACUGCCUCCCGCAGUUUGGUCAGACUCAUGUUUGUGGCUUCGAGAACAGUGUCCAACCAUCUCGUCCUCUGUCGUCCCCUUCUCCUUGUGCCCUCAAUCUUUCCCAACAUCAGGGUCUUUUCUCUUCUCAUGAGGUGGCCAAAGUAUUGGAGCCUCAGCUUCACGAUCUGUCCUUCCAGCACUCAGGGCUGAUUUCCUUAAGAAUGGAUGCGUUUGAUCUUCUUGCAGUCCAUGGGACUCUCAAGAGUCUCCUCCAGCACCAUAAUUCAAAAGCAUCAAUUCUUCGGCAAUCAGCCUUCUUUAUGGUCCAGCUCUCACUUCCAUACAUCACUACUGGGAGAACCAUGGCUUUAACUAUACGGACCUUUGUUGGCAAGGUGAUGUCUCUGCUUUUUAAGAUGCUGUCUAGGUUUGCCAUCGCCUUUCUCCCAAGGAGCAGGCGUCUUUUAAUUUCGUGACUGCUGUCACCAUCUGCAGUGAUCAUGGAGCCCAAGAAAGUAAAAUCUCUCACUGCCUCCAUUUCUUCCCCUUCUAUUUGCCAGGAGGUGAUGGGCCCAGUGGCCAUGAUCUUCGUUUUUGAUGUUGAGCUUCAGACCAUAUUUUGCGCUCUCCUCUUUCACCCUCAUUAAAAGGUUCUUUAAUUCCUCUUCACUUUCUGCCAUCAAGGUUGUAUCAUCUGCAUAUCUGAGGUUGUUGAUAUUUCUUCCGGCAAUCUUAAUUCCGUCUUGGGAUUCAUCCAGCCCAGCCUUUCGCAUGAUGAAUUCUGCAUAUAAGUUAAAUAGAACACUCUUAAGGGUUUGUGGGCAAAGAGGCGACCAAAUGAAUGUCUGUUGAGAAGUAAUUUCAUUUUCGGCACCACAACUGAAAAGAAUAUCUUAUCUUGUGCUAAUUACUUCAGUUGGCUAAUGGACCUCAGAAUGAGAGCAGGGCUCCUUUAGCUACAUGUUGGUACUGUGUGAUAGUCCCUGGAACUGAGUUUGUUAAUGACACCCUUGCUCUAAGCCCAAUAAAACAUUCUCUUUGCUCAAAGGAUUGCUGCUAAUUGCAGCGUGACUUUGCUCAAUCCAGGUUCCUGCCCCUUCGUCUUUCAGUUGUGCAUUAGACCAGUGAGCAUGGGGAUGCAUAUUGAGGUGAAGAACAUGGAGUACUUUCUAGUUCUUCAUAUAAGCAUAGAAAACACACACUCCAAGCACCACAUUGUGGCUGGUGCUUAGGCAUCAUCAUCCCUCUUUCUCCCUCCCCACUUUAAAACAAAGUUGGGUAUGUCUGAUUAUGUGUCUCCCUCGUAACAUGUAGUUGGACCCCUUUUUCAAGGAUAAUGAAUGGAACAUCUAUGGGAACAUACAGCUGAGGUGUAUAUGCCAGUUGUAUCUUUGCCCUGGCAUAGAUGCCUUUUCCCUUGAGCAGUAGCAACUUGCAUGCUUAUAGCUUUUCUUUUUUCCUUUUCAGAGAUGGAGGUCCAUGUGCUACCAACAGCUUCUCACCUGGCAGACUGUGCUCUCUGCUCCAGAAGCCGGGGAGGCACUGGGAGAGAAGGUGAGAGCCCAAAAUGUGAAACAGGCCUAUUGUCCCGGGGAAUUUGGUCUGAGCUUCUCUCUCUCACUCUACCAAGCCUUCAAGAAAGGUUGAUCCCAUGUUCAAGGAUCUCCUAUGCACAGGCAGGGACCCUGGGCUGGCCUUGCUGACAAAAGGAAUUUUGCUCUUUGGUUUGCAGUAAGCAAAAGAUCCUGCACAGUCCCCCUCUUGCCUUACAUUUUAGGGGCUGUGUUGUCCAAACUGUGCCCCACUCUAGAGCCCCAUGGCUUUUCCUGAGGCUUUGUGCCUGGGCAGAUGACUUGUGACUCCUCGUGAACUACUUUCUGCUUUGUCACUGAAUAAACAUAUAUCUCUCUGUAAUCGGAGUUCUCUUAACACAUUUUAGCUGGGGGAAGUUUUAUGGCUCUGACGGACUUUAGAAGACAUGUGGCCAUGUCCCCAACUGCCCUUCUGUUCUUUUCCAGAUGCCUUAGCACCACCAGACUGGGUGCCAGACAGCACUUGCAGCCACUGCAUGGCUUGCCAUGUGCCUUUCACCUUUCUUCGCAGACGGCACCACUGCCGAAGUUGUGGCAAGGUAGGCGAUGGGGCUAAAUAAGGACCUCCUAGGACUUUCAUUCUAGUGGAAGCAGCAGCAGCUGCAAAAGCAUCAGGCAGACCAUGCCUGUGAACACUUUAACUAUAGCGUAUCUUGUCAUGGGCCAGGGCUUGGGCUUGGUGUCCAUAUCUUUUGGACUGCAACCUCAUAAGCCCCAGCCAGCAUGGUCCAGUGGUCAGGAAUGAGGGAAGUUGUAGUUCAAAGCAUAUAGGGGGUCCCUGGUUGGGCAAGACUGGCUUACAUGCUCCCCUGGAAAGAUGCCUUUAAAAAAAUAUUGUGAGUAAAGGUUGUGCCUGAAAGGAUGGCCUCUCCAGAUGGGAGGGAUGGGGAGAGGUUGCAAUAAUUGAACUAGCUUGCAAUCUAAGUCCCUGUUGGGACCUCUACUGGGUCAGUCAUGUUUUUUAUUGUUUCUUGGCCAAAGGAUUAGGGCAACCGCAUCUCUUUCAUGUGAAGUGGGGCUUGCAGUACCACAUGGCCCUCGGCUCUAUUUGAUGCACAAUCUUAUUUCCUCCCCAGAUCUUCUGCUCUCGCUGCUCGUCACACUUGGCACCUCUGCCCCACUUCAAGCAGCUGAAGCCAGUCCGCAUUUGUACACACUGCUACACCACCCACUUGCCUUCCACUAGCAAAAAUACCAGUUGAUUGGAGCUGCCUCAAACACCUUCUGUGCCUGUGGAAACACCAAAGACUUUGGAAGUGGCAACAGCCUGUACUGUCAGCAAAGGACUGUGGGAACAACCACACUUGUCUUAUUAGGAUGCUCCUGGGAACUUUCCAAAGGCCUUGGUGGUCAGGGCAAGAGAUGGGAACGCCAGGCUUUAAUAGCUGGGGAUUGAAUCUUUGCUGUUUAAUAUAAAUAACUCCCAGUGGGAUUCCUUGGGCUGGAGCUAGAGCUUGCUGUAGAAGAUGUUUCGGCAAGCUCUUGUAAAUGACAGUAAAAGCAUCUUUCCCCCCAUUACUCUUUCCUUAGAGUAAAUUGUGGCCUAUGGAGGGAUUGCCUGGUGCUGGUUGCCCGGCUUUUGGGAGAGCCCCAUGAUAGUCAUCAGUCCUGUGGAUUUAUUUUUGACAAAUCUCUGAGGUUGCAUUACUAGAUUUGGGUGUAUGUGCAAUAAGGGCUUUAUGGAGCCUUUCACUGGAACUGAAAGGCAGGAUCUCUAGUCCAGCAGCAACCUUGUGGAGGAUAGCCAUGACAUUUUGCCCACCAGCUUCUGAUACAGCUAAGGGCUUCAACAAUCUUCAUAUGCAAUGUAUUUUCUUGUAAAACUCUCCUGCCACACUGUUGUGUGGACGACGCUUUUGAAGCUUCUCCAGGAGAUUUAUAGCUCCUUUUUGAAACUAGGCAGAGCUGGUUCUUCUCCUGAAUACUUGAAUAAAUGCUAUCUGUUACUGUUGCCAAUUUGUCUUCUCUGGGCUAAAAAAUAAACACUUUUGCUGAAUUUAGCUGUUGGAUAUUGAGAGGCAGAAUCUGCUGCUACACUUCUUCCCUCAGGAAAAUGCAAGUACAAACUCUAAACCUUC